AUGGCGGCACCCAUGGUUGCUGUGGGAUCCGACCUCGGUACGCCCUCCAACCGACAGCUGUGGGAUUACUACCACGCCAUGUUCGCGACCAUCAUGCCAAAGGGACGGCAGUGGACCUGCCUGUGGAUUUUGCUGAGCGUCGUGCUGAACGGCCACCUCCUUGACCCCGUCGCGAUCAGCCAGGGAGAAGUCACCCUUUCGCUACGACGUCAGGCUCUGCGGGUGCCGCAGCUGCGUGACUACGUGCGUGACCUUCGUGAUCAUAUCCAAGAUGCAGACGCUGCCUACCCUGGUCCAGUGCGAACUUUCGUCAAUAUGCCCAACCAGCUCAACUGGCGCUGGCCAUCUUUCGACAUCCUGAUGACCGACCUGGGCGCCCCCAUCUCGUGGCUCGAAGGGCACAGUGACUUUCUCAUGCACCAUCUCCGAGACUCCCAACGACGGUGGUUUCAAGGUAAGGUGCCCACUACGCGGAACGACCUCGGAGACGUGGCUAAGCACAAGUAUGGCAUCGACAUGGACAUGGUCAACUACAUCACCGACGACGAGAACAAGCGGUGGAUGGCCGUAGCUACGAUCAAGAUCGCGAUCGACGCCAAGCCCGAGAUGUUCUACAUCGAGCACGUGUACUCGCACCAGGGUGAGGCGGUUGGCGCGCCCGAGCACCUGGUGCAGUUCACCACCGGGUAUGCGGAGACUGGCUCCGCGCUGGUGGCCAGCGCCGACAAGGUCAUCUUCGUUGGCAGCGUGGGCGUAGGCAAGAAGGUCAUGGAGGCGGCGUCCAAGACUCUGACGCCGGUGAUACUCGAGCUGGGCGGCAAGGCGCGCCCCCUGGCCGAAUCCUUGUCCCCGGCAAAAGACUACAGCGCCAGUGUCGCGAAGCACGCCGAGAGCCGGCCAGACCCUGGCCCGCCCGGCCAGCCGUCCGAGGACCCCUUCGUCGUAUGCGACGACGCGGACCCGAAGGAGAUCGCGCAGCUUGCGGUGCGUAGCAACUUCCAGAACAUGGGCCAGAACUGCGUCGUCCCGGAGCGGUUCAUCGUGUAUGAGAAGGUGUACGACGACUUCUGCGAGCAGAUCUCGUCGCUGGUCCGGACGAUGAAGCAGGCCCCGCCGCUCAGCAGCGACUUUGUGGACUGCGGCGCGUGCGUGCACCCGCCCAGCCUGGAGGGUUACCAGCGCUUCGUGGACGACGCGGUCGCGAAGGGCGCGCGGGUGCUCGCUGGCGGCGGCAGGAACAAGGAGUUCCCGGACGGCCAGUUCUUCCAGCCCACGGUGCUGGCAGAUGUGACCGAGGACAUGCUGAUCGCGAAGGAGGAGACCUUCGGGCCCAUCCUGUCGAUCUUCAAGGUCAAGGGCAACAGCGACGACGAGGCCGUGCGCAUCGCCAACAACUGCGCGUUCGCGCUGGGCUCCUGCGCCAUGUCCGCGGACCAGGCCCGGGCCGCGAGGAUCUGCGCCAGGCUCGAG